CUGCCCCCGGGCCCGCUUCGCCUCGCCUGUCGCAGGAUUGAGAAGUGCAGCUGUGAGUGAACUUGAACUGAUUUCCCGCCCUGUCUUCACUUCUCGGACGUCCUAUGGUGAAAGUGUCAGCGCCACCUAUGGGCAUUCGGCGUGCAUUGCAGCCUCCCCCUCCUCUUUAGACACGCACAACCCGAGCCCUGGCAUCGUGUGAAGGGGACAAAAGGGGAAGGAGCGCGCCAAGGGAGGGGCGGGGGGGCGGCGGCUGCUAGGGUGGCGGGCAGGCGACGCAAGAGAGCCGACUUCUGCCUAACUUGUCGUUUCCUCUGCUGCGAGGGAGCUGCAGGAAAUCGGCUGGCAUUGGCGUCGGGCAGAUGGAGCCGAAAGCGAGGCGAAGUCUCAGGGCGAGCCAAGGGAAGAGGAAAUCCCCACCCGCCCGGCGGGGAUGAGCUGCCCUCUGCGGGGGCCUGGGAGGAACGAGUGGCCCAGCAGCCAUGGCCAGUAGGAACCCGAGCAAGAGUUGCUACGAGGACGAGGACGAGGAGAGGAAAGAAGCCGCCCUCAAGAAACUGAUCGUCCGGCUGGAGAACGUCCAGGAGGGGAAACAGAUCGAAACCUUGAUCCAGAUCCUGCAAGAUCUCCUCUCCCUCGCCUCGCUGCAAAGCGGUCCCAAGUUAUUCAGUGGCAAAAAUAUCCAUGUGCCUUUGCUUCUGGUUUUGGUUUCUUACAUGAGGGUUGCAAGUGUGCAGCAGGUGGGCUGGUCACUUCUUUGCAAACUUGUUGAGGUUUGUCCACAUAUACUUCCUCAAUUAGCUGCUCCUCAGGGUGUUGGAAAAGACUGGGAAGUUCUUGGCGUUCACCAGCACAUUCUUAAGAUGCUUAAGAUCCACAAUGCAAAUGUACACCUUUCAACAGUUGGCCUUAAAACCUUAAACCUGCUUCUUUCCUCAGAUGAAAUAACACUUCUUCUGUUGGAAGAAGGCACGGAUGUCUUUUUACUGGUGUUUGACGCCAUGGACACCUUCUCUGAUAAUGAAAAGGUCCAGGAAUAUGGAUGUAAAGCUUUGCACAUGCUUCUAGAAAAAGUUCCAGAGGAGCAACUAAUUGAAUUUGUUGAGGACGGAGAUCAUAUGAUCAUACUAAACGUGUUUAAAAAAUUCCCAGAGAAAGAGAACUUGGUACUUCUUGCACUUUUGUCUUUGCAUUCAUUGGCUGGGCCUUCGAGCAAUGUGGAAGUUCUUAUGUCUGGCAAUGUGAGAUGUUAUAAUAUCAUAGUUGAGAUGAUGAAAGCAUUUCCCAAGAGUGAACCCAUUCAGGAAGUCAGCUGCUGCUUGUUGCAAAGACUUACGCUUGAAAACUUCUUUAAUAUCCUUGUACUGAAUGAUGUACACAACAUCAUUGUGAAGGCUGUUGAGAAAUAUCCUGCAAAUGCUAAGCUACAGGCUGCUGGACUCAGUUGCUUAGCUCUUCUCACGGAAACAAUAUUUUUAAACAGAGACCUGGAAGGAAAAAAAGAAGAAGAGGAGGAAGAAAAAUUAUGUUGGCUGGAAGCCUGUUAUAAGGCAUUAAAAUCUCAUCGGAAAAAUAUAGACGUACAGGAGGCUGCAUGUUGGGCUUUGAACAAUCUGCUUAUGUACCAGCACAGUCUUCAUGAAAAAAUUGGAGAUGAAGAGAAAAAGUUUCCGGUGCACAGAGAAAUGAUGCUAGCAAUGCUGAUGCAUUCAUCUUCAAAAGAAGUAUUCCAGGCAUCUGCAAACGCCUUGGCAACUUUAUUGGAGCAAAAUGUAAGUAUUCGGACUACCUUGUUGGCAAAAGGAAUACAUAUGAAUGUGCUGGACAUGAUGAAGAGACAUUCUUAUUCUGCUGAAGUUGCAGAAAGCGCUUGCAAACUGCUAAAUCAUGCUUUUGAAGGGAGUUUUCUUGCUCUGGAUGUAAUGACAGCAGCUGCAUCCAGAGUUGUCAAUGCUAUGAGGAAGCAUAAAAUAUUGCCGCCUGUACAGCUGGAGGCACUUAGAGUUCUUUUGCAUUUUAUGGCUCCAGGAGCACUGAAAAAGCAGCAAAAUAGUCCUUUGAAAGAUGCUGACUUGGUAAAAUUAAAAGUGAUUAAAAACCAGUGCCUAUUGGAAGGAACACACUCCUUGGUCCUUGAUGCUCUUAACACGUUUAUUGGAAAUCCUGGCAUUCAGAAAUGUGGAUUUCGAAUACUUUCAUCUGUAGUGGAAUGUUCAGGUGCCCUAGAAAUGUUGAUACAGGAAGGGAUGGCAGACACUGUACUCCAUACACUACAGAUGUAUCCUGAUGACCAAGAGAUACAGUGCUUAGGACUGAGCCUUCUAGGAUCCAUCAUUACAAGAAAGAGUUUGUGUAUUGCAACUAUACAUGUAUUGGCAGCAGUCUUGGUUUCCAGUUUACGACGCUUUAAGGAUGUUGUUGAAAUACAGAUAGAAGGAUUUUGCACGAUUAUAACAAUACUUGAACUGUCGCCUUGUUUUGCAAAGCUGCUACUACAGGAGUCAUUUGACACAGCGAUUUUCUAUCAGAUGUCCAUGUGUUUCACCGAACAAAGAGACCAGCAGUUUCAGAGUCUUUGUUGUAAAUGCUUUGCUAAAAUAGCUGACAACGAUGAUUUAAAAAACCUGAUGUUAGAGAAAGCCUGUGCCGAAUACAACAGCAUUAUGGCUGAAUGUCUGCUUUUGCUGGGAGCGGAUGUGAAUAAGAAGACAAAGACUAACUCUUUGAUUUAUCAGGUUUGUGAGAAGGGAAGCAAUCCUAAACUGGUAGAACUGCUACUAAACAGUGGUGCUCGAGAGCAGGAUGUCCGGAGUGCUCUGACAGUCAGCAUCAAGAAGGGAGACAGUCAGAUCAUUAGUUUGCUCUUAAAAAAGCUUAGCCUGGAUGUUGCCAACAGCAGUAUUUGCCUUGGAGGAUUUUGCAUUGGCAGGAUUGAGCCUUCUUGGCUGAGCCCCUUAUUUCCAGAUAAACGGGCAUCCUUCAGGAAACAAACAAAUGCAGGCUCUGCAUUAGCCAGAAUGGUGCUUAGAUAUCAAAGGACUAGCAGCUAUGAGGGCCAGUCAAGUAUCAACUCUGAUGUAAGCUCCUGUGAAGACAAUGAUUGGGCAUUCCUGCCAGACCCUUUAACUGACAGUGUUUUCCGCUUGAGUGAUGAUAUUGAUAGCGAAGGGAGUGAAGGCUCAUGCCUUGGGAAGAAGAAAUCCAACUCGGUGGCAGAUCUCCACAAGGAGAUGGCCUUGCAGAAAUAUUCCCCCACCCUGCCAAGGCAUUCCAGCUCUCUGGGACCUGGAUCACAUUAUGAACCAUUAAGGAGUCAGAGAAGAAUGUCUUCAGAAGAAUCUCAAAGAAGCCUGUCUAAAUUCCAGUCAAAUAUAAACCGCUCGGACAGUUUCUCUUCAUCAGUGUCUGACAGAGAAUAUAUUAAAUCACUCGACCUUUCAUCAAAUGAGCUGGAGAAUAUAGAAGCCAUCAGUCAAAGCACUAGCUUAACUACUCACCUGGAACAUCUUGAGAAAUUAGAGCUUCAUCAAAAUGCCCUUUCAAACAUUCCUGAACAGCUGUGUGAGACCUUGAAAUGCUUAACAUACCUGGAUCUGCACAGUAAUCAUUUUAAAUCUUUUCCUGCAUACCUAUUGAAAAUGCCUCGUAUAGCUCACCUUGAUAUUUCACGGAAUGACAUUGGGCCAUCCUUAAUUUUGGAUUCAAAGAUGGUCUGCACAACGUUAAGGCUAUUGAAUUUGUCAUACAACCAGUUGACCUCCGUUCCUGAAUUUCUUGCCAAUGUUGCAGAAAAAUUGGAGCACCUUAUAUUAGAAGGCAACAAACUCACGGGCAUAUUCUUUACUAUAUGCUUGAAAGAACUGAAAGUUUUAAACAUCAGUAAGAACGUUAUAUCAUUCCUGGCUGAAAAUUUUCUCAAGGAAUGCUUGAAACUGGAGACAUUCAAUGCUGGAAUGAAUCAACUAGAUGCCUUGCCUCACUUGCCAUCUAAUGUAACUACAUUAAAAUUAUCACAGAAUAACUUUUCUACUGUUCCAAAAGCAAUUCUUCUUCUUCCACAUUUGCGGUCAGUAGAUUUAAGCAGCAAUAAAAUUACAUGUCUCCCUGGACCUGUACACUGGAAAUCCUCUAAUUUAAGAGAACUGCUAUUUAACGAUAAUCAAAUAAGUGUCCUAGAUUUGAAUGAAAAGGCUUUCACGUGGUCUCGGCUUGAAAAGCUACAUCUCUCCAACAACAAAUUAAAAGAGAUUCCUCCUCAGAUUGGGUUCCUGGGUAACUUAACAUCUUUCGAUGUAAGUCACAAUCCUGAACUAAAAUGCUUUCCUGAUGAAAUGGGAAAGUUGUCCAAAAUAUGGGACUUGCCUUUGGAAGGGUUACAUCUUAAUUUGGACUUCAAACACGUGGGAUGGAAAGCCAGGGACAUUAUAAGAUUUCUUCAGCAGCGUUUAAAGAAAGCUGUCCCUUAUAACCGGAUGAAGCUCAUGAUUGUUGGAAACACCGGCAGUGGUAAAACUACACUGUUGCAACAGCUAAUGAAAUGCAGACGGCCAGACCUCGGGAUUCAGAUUGCUACAAUCGGAAUUGAUGUGAAUGACUGGAAGAUCCCAGUCAAGGGCAGAGUAAAGAAGGAUCUCGUAUUAAACGUUUGGGACUUUGCAGGUCAGGAGGAAUUCUAUAGUGCGCAUCCUCACUUCAUGACCCAGAGAGCUCUGUACCUUGCUGUUUAUGACCUUAGCAAAGGAGAGGCUGAAGUGGAUGCUAUGAAGCCAUGGCUGUUUAAUAUCAAGGCCCGGGCUUCAUCCUCACCUGUGAUUCUCAUUGGUACUCAUUUGGACAUUUCUGACGAGAAGCAGCGUAAAGCAUGUGUCACUAAAAUUACCAAGGAACUGAUGAACCAAAGGGGAUUUCCAGCUAUUCGAGAUUAUCACUUUGUGAAUGCUACAGAAGAAUCUGAUGCGAUGGCCAAGCUUCGGAAAACCAUCAUAAAGGAGAGUCUGAAUUUCAAAAUCAGAGACCAACCUGUUGUUGGGCAGUUGAUUCCAGACAGCUAUUUGGAACUCGAGAAGAGGAUUUUAGAGGAACGCACAAAACUUCCAGUUGAAUUUCCUGUGAUUGACCAGAAGCGACUCUUCAGAUUGGUUCAGGAAAACAAGUUGCAGUUGGAAGAAAAUGAGCUCCCUCAUGCUGUUCAGUUUCUGAAUGAAUCAGGGGUUCUGCUACAUUUUCAAGAUCCAGCACUUCAGCUUAGAGACUUAUAUUUUGUUGAUCCUAAAUGGCUUUGUAAAAUCAUGGCACAGAUCCUGACAGUGAAGGUGGAAGGCUUUCCUAAGUAUCCAAAGGGAAUCAUAAAGCGAUCUGAUGUAGAAAAAUUCCUGCUCAAGAAAAGCAAAUUUCCUAAGAUGUACAUGUCACAGUAUUUCAGGCUUUUGGAGAAGUUUCAGAUUGCGCUGCCCUUAGGAGAAGAUCAACUCCUUGUUCCCAGCAGCUUGUCAGAUCACCGACCUGUCAUAGAACUGCCCCACUGUGAAAACUCAGAAAUUAUCAUUAGGCUGUAUGAGAUGCCAUAUUUUCCCAUGGGAUUCUGGUCCAGGCUAAUCAACAGGUUGCUUGAAGUAUCUCCUUAUAUGCUUUCAGGAAGAGAACGAGUUCUUCGUCCUAACAGGAUGUAUUGGAGGCAAGGCAUAUAUUUGAACUGGUCACCGGAAGCUUACUGCUUGGUGGAAUCAGCAGAUUUUGAAAACAAUCCAAACAGUUUCCUAAAAAUUACAGUGCCUUCUUGCAGAAAAGGUUGUAUCAUUUUGGGGCAAGUUGUUGAUCAUAUUGAUUCUCUUAUGGAAGAAUGGUUUCCUGGGUUAUUAGAAGUGGAUGUAUGUGGAGAAGGAGAAACACUCCUGAAAAAAUGGGCAUUGUACAGUUUUGAAGAUGGUGAAGAGCAUAAGAAAAUAUUACUUGAUGAUCUACUUAAGAAAGCAGAAGAAAGUGACCUCUUGAUUAAUCCAGAUCAGCCAAAAUCUACAAUUCCAAUAGCUCAGAUUGCUCCAGAUUUGAUCCUGGCUGAUUUACCUAGAAAUAUCAUGUUGAACAAUGAUGAAUUAGAAUUUGAACAAACUCCAGAAUUCCUCCUAGGUGAUGGUGGAUUUGGAUCUGUGUAUCGUGCUUCUUACAGUGGAGAAGAAGUAGCUGUAAAGAUUUUUAAUAAGCACACAUCUCUUAGGCUUCUAAGACAAGAACUUGCGGUGCUUUGUCAUCUCCAUCACCCUAGCUUAGUGUUCUUGCUGGCUGCAGCAGUGCGUCCCCGGAUGCUUGUCAUGGAGUUGGCCCCAAAGGGGUCUCUGGAUCGAUUACUGCAACAGGACAAUGCAAGUCUGACCAGAACACUCCAGCACAGAAUAGCUCUACAUGUAGCAGAUGGCUUAAGGUAUCUUCAUUCAGCAAUGAUAAUCUAUCGUGACUUAAAGCCUCACAAUGUUCUUCUAUUUACAUUGUAUCCCAAUUCAGCAAUGAUCGCAAAGAUUGCUGACUACGGCAUUGCCCAGUAUUGUUGCCGAAUGGGGAUAAAAACUUCAGAGGGCACAGCAGGAUUCAGAGCACCAGAGGUUGCAAGAGGAAAUGUUAUUUACAACCAGCAAGCUGAUGUUUAUUCAUUUGGCUUGCUCUUGUAUGACAUUUUAACAGCUGGCGGGAGGAUAUUAGAAGGCAUGAAAUUUCCUAAUGAAUUUGAUGAACUCGCUAUCCAUGGAAAAUUGCCAGAUCCUGUCAAAGAGUAUAAUUGUGCCCCCUGGCCAGAAGUUGAAGAUUUAAUUAAGAAGUGUUUGAAAGAAAAUCCUCAAGAAAGACCUACAUCUGCUCAGGUUUAUGAGAUUUUGAAUUCUGCAGAGCUUGUCUGCCUGAUGAGAUAUAUUUCAGUACCCUCUGCCGCUGUAUCAGAGUGUAUGGUUGCCACAAAUCAAUGUUGCAAGAAGACAGGAGUCUGGCUAGGCGGUGGGAAUUCAGAAGGAGCACAACUUUCAUUUGUUGACUUAAAUACAGAUGGGCAUACAUGUCAGGACAUUGCAGACACUAGAAUACUGUGCUUGGCCUUGGUGACUCUUCCUGCAGAGAAGGAAAACUGGGUUGUAGCAGGAACGCAGUCCGGUUCUCUGUUGGCCUUUCAUGCACAAGACGAGAAGCACAGGCACCAACUCCAGAAGAUGUCUGAUUCCGUCACAUGUCUUUACUGCAGCUUUUUUGGAAAGCAAAACAAACAGAAAAAUUUCUUUUUAGUGGGUACUGCUGAUGGACAACUAGCAGUAUUUGAAGACAAAGCAGUAAAGUACAAAGGUGCGGCACCUUUGAAAGUUUUUCCAGUUGGGAACAUCAGCACUCCAUUUAUGUGUUUAAGUGAAUCUAGUUAUCUGUCUGAAAAAAAUGUAAUCUGGGGAGGCUGUGGGACAAAGAUUGUAUCAUUGUCCAGUGACCUGUCAGUCCAGAAGCUAAUCGAGACAAAAACAAGCCAACUAUUGUGCCACAAGGCUUACAGUGAUGCCAAUAUUAUUUCAAUAGCAGUUGACAAAUCCAUCUACCUGGCAAAGAAGAAUAGCUAUUUUGUUGAAAUUUGGGAUAAAAAGACAGAGAAACUUUGUGAGCUGAUCGACUGUGUGCAUUUUCUAAAAGAGGAGGUACCAAAACUGAAUAAAGAAUCCAAGCAGAAGCUUGCAUAUCCUGGAAGAGUAAAGAGCAUCUGCCUGCAGAAGAACACAGCCCUCUGGAUAGGCACAGGGGGAGGACAUAUCUUAUUGCUUGACCUCUCCACUCGUUGCCUCAUAAAAAUCAUAAGCGAUUUCUGUGAUUCUGUCAGACUCAUGAUUACAGCUCAACUAGGAAGCCUCAAGAAUGUUGUUCUGGUGUUGGGUUACUGUUAUAAAACUGACAGUGAAGACAACAAAUAUACCCAAGGAAUAUCCUCGUGUGUGUCUGUGUGGGACAUUAAUCUGCCACAUGAAAUUCAAAACCUGAAGAAACAUACUGGCAUAAGACAGGAAUUAGCCGAGAAAAUGAAGACUUUUUCUUUGGAUUAACUGGCGAAGUGGCAUGUCGUCAUUGUUGCGAGGCGGACACCUGUUUCAAGGAGCUUUAUACAUCAAAGUUUGUCCUAGCUGCAUUGAACUGUAGAGCAGAAAUAUCUGUCAGAAUAUACCACUACUUGUACCACUCAAAAUAUGGAGAAUAUUAGUAAUAAAGCAGAACUGUAAACUAAAAUUGUAAUUAUUGAAAACCAUUUCAUUUGGAGUUUUUAUGUCAGUUAUGGAACCCCAAAUUUAAAAUAAUUCCACUAUUCCACAUUGUAUAUUCUCUUUGUGUGUAUAGAUUUUUUGUAUGCUUUGUAACAUUUUUGAAGCAUUGAUAUGAUAUUCAUGAAGGCAUGUUACACCUGUACAGGACAAUCAAUCAAGUAAGCCAUGCCACCUAUUGUUCUGUAAAAACUGCCAGUUUUUUUCACAACUAUGCAAUGUAAAGCUCAAGCUAGAACUUGUGCUCCUGUCAAAUUGGAAAGCAAUACUCAGCCCAAAACAUAAAGGGAAGCAAGAAAGAAAACAUGAUUCAGUAUAAAGUUACACAAAGGCAUAUUACACCUGUACAGGACAAUCAAGUAAGUCAUGCCACCUCUUGUUCUGUAAAAACUGCCAGCAGUUAUGUACAGCGUUACCAUUUGUUUGCCUGACUGAACGUGGCAUUCCAGAUUCUGCUGUAAAGAGAAGUAGUUUAUUUCAGUGUGUGUGUUUGCUGUUUCUGCUUACUCAAAUGACUGUUUGCAGUAGAAUCCUUCAACGGAACUUUGCUAUUUUCCUUUCCCUAAAUAAAGACCGCUUGGAGUGCUUUCCGUGUUUGUGAAAGGAGUCGUGAUGUGCCUCUGUGCCAUACCACUAGCAUAUCCUUGUCAGAAUCCUCUUUUUUUUCCUCCCUCUUCCCAUAGUCACCAGUGCCACACUUUAUUUAAUCUUGAAGCUCAUAGAACCAGGUAGAUGUUCUACUCAUAUUGUGCAUCUUCUCACUGCAAAAAGCUGAAAUUGCAAAGAAGAGGACAUGUAGGGCUAACAAUGAUUCUGAUGCCAGUAUUAAAGCCUGCUGAGUAAGAUGAGGCCAUAAGACGUCUUGCACAUUUGAAGAAUCGUUAGUUCUCAAUAAAAAGAAGGUUUAUUGGAAA